UCACGUCGCAUGCUUUAGAGUAGAUUCAUUUCAGGACCAAUCGCAUCUGAGAGCUCUCUUGGAUGGAGAUGACCUUUUUGCCAAAGAGCCGGAUAUCCCAAGGAGGAAGGAUGAGCAGCCCGGUGGGCAACAUGGCAGUGCAACGAGCUCAACUCUCAGCGAGGUUGGAAAUGAGGAAGGCCAUUUGAAUAUAAAUUGGACGCCACCGACCUCUCCAUGAUGGCUUCGUUCUUUGUCUUCUUCUUCACCUUACUCUUCCGACCUUACGUGACUCUCAGUCUUGCCACCCAUCCCAUCUUUUCUUCAAAAAACACCAGCAACAACGACAACAGCAAUAAAAUGGAUAAGGGGUUGCUUCAUUCUGUCUAUUGGAUUGACUUCAGCCGAACCGAGGAUGAUAGUGUGACAGCGGUCGACGAGACAACAUGUCUCGAAGGCAGCGACAGCAUGGUUGAGAUAGACGGGGAUGCGAGCCCCUAUUUGCCAUGGAGGGAUGGUCAGACUCCAGAGGACUUUUUCGACAUCGAAGCAUAUUCAUUUGAUAUGCAGUCACAAUCAUCGGAACAUGUACAAGGCCACACAUAUUGUCAGUCUCUGUCAUCUACGAACACCGAAGACGUACAGAAAGAAGGAAUGCACCACUCAUCGCCCAUGCUGGAACAAGAUAGCACAGAGUUUGGCGACGUCCUCGACAUGAACUACAUCAUGGCUUCGUCCUCCGAAAGCAGUGACGACCAUCUGGCAGAGUUCACAUCAUGUCUAAGCCCAGGUACUGGCUCGAAUUUUGUCGGCAACAACUUUUGUGUCGACUGUUCUCAGGGCUGUUCGAAUUAUGACGGAAACGGAGAGCUUCAACGGUCACAAAAUAUUGUCACCCCUGCCAAGAGGGGUACCGACGACGUAACUGACGAGACCUUGUCGGAAAAUGAUAGGCCAAAGCGACGGAAGACUACCUUCGAGAACAAGCCAAAGAACAAGACAAAAAAUUGGGCUUGGAACAAGGUUUAUAUUCACCUGGAAAUGAUAGAGUUCAUGGUGGAUGGCUCCCAAGAACACUUUCACUGGAAAACUCGAAGCCGGCGGUGGUCUAGCGGGAAUGGUGCGCUUCGGACUCUGGAAGACCUUGCGAGCUACGUAUUGGCACGCCUACCCUGGGUCUCCGUUUGGGUGCGGCCACGUGGAGAUGGGUUUCCUGUACAGGUGUUUUGGGAUGAAAAUGAGCACAAUUACGUCGGACGUAAUGGGAUGUGUAGGAAGUCCCUGCGUAUCAGCUAUGCAGAGAUGGCGAGGUUACUCAUGUGUCCUCACGAAAGCUUCUUUAUCAGUGAAAGUUAAUUUCGCGUCACGAGUCCUACAUACCGUUUUCUAUCUAUUUUCGUGAUAAAAUACCUUGCCGGAAAAGUAAAGGGUCCAUAUGAACACAGAAGAGGUCGUGGGUUUCUCGGAUGAACUGACA